CUCCAGAGGCUCCACCAACCGUGGGCCAUGGAGGAGACGGAAGGGAGCCUGUUGCACCAGUGUCCGUUGCUACUGCCCCAGAACCGAUCGAAAACCGUGUAUGAAGGAUUCAUUACUGCUCAGGGAAGAGAUUUCCACAUUAAAAUAUUGUUGCCUGAAGAUUUGCAACUGAAGAAUGCAAGAUUACUAUGUAGUUGGCAGCUGAGGACAAUACUUAAUGGAUACCAUCAAAUAAUACAACAGAGAAUGAAGCACUCUCCUGAUCUAAUGAGCUUUAUGAUGGAGUUGAAGACGGUUUUGGAAGUUGCCUUAAAGAAUAAACAAGAGAUACAUGCACUACCUCCGCCUCCUCAGUUCUACUCAAGCCUUAUUGAAGAGAUAGGAAUUCUUGGUUGGGAUAAACUUGUAUCUGUGGAUUCUUGCUUCAGUACCAUCAAGUUAAGAGCUGAAGAUGCUUCUGGUAGAGAGCAUCUAAUCACUCUCAAGUUGAAGGCAAAGUACCCUGCAGAAUCACCCGAUUGUAUUGUGGAUUUUCCUGUUUCAUUUUCUGUCUCCUGUACACCACAGAGCUCCAUAAUAAACAUUUAUAGUCAGUUUUUGGCAGCAUUGGAAUCACUCAAGGCAUUCUGGGAUGCUAUGGAUGAAAUUGAUAAGAAGACUUGGGUACUUGAGCCAGAAAAACCUACACGGAGUGCAACAGCACGCAGAAUUGUAGUAGGGAAUAAUGCUUCAAUAAAUAUAGAGGUAGACCCCAGGCAUCCUACUAUGCUUCCUGAGUGCUGCUUUCUUGGAGCUGACCAUGUGGUGAAACCCCUGGGAAUUAAGCUGAGCAGAAACAUACAUUUGUGGGAUCCAGAAAAUACUCUGCUACAAAAUUUGAAAGAUGUUUUAGAAAUUGAUUUUCCAUCUCCUGCUAUCCUGGAAAAAUCUGAUUUUUCUAUGGAUUGUGGAAUUUGUUACGCCUAUCAGCUUGAUGGCGCCAUUCCUGACCAAGUAUGUGAUAAUUCCCAGUGUGGACAGCCUUUCCAUCAAAUAUGCUUAUAUGAGUGGCUGAGAGGAUUACAGACUAGUAGACAGAGUUUUAACAUCUUAUUUGGUGAAUGUCCAUAUUGUACUAAGCCAAUUACCUUGAAAAUGUUUGGGAGGAAGCCCUGAAUAAGAAUGUAACAUUUCUGUGAAGAACUGAACCUUUAAAAAUUAUAUAAAGGAUUUUGUUUGGUAUCUUCAGAGAAAAUAUAAAGCAAGACAUACUAAUAUCAAAAGAAAAAGAAUGGUGACACCAUAGUAAUAUACAUCUGCCUUUGUCUCUUCACUGAGGGUAAACUGGGAAGUUGGAAGU